UUCUAGUAUUGGGAGUAUCUAAAACCGAGGUUCAACAAAUAAAAAUCACCUCUCAUAUAUUAAAUCACCCUUUGUUCUCUUCCCUCUCAAUUUAUUUCCUUCCACCCAUCCCAAAAAAUAAUCCAACACCCACCCGAUCCGUGCUAGCCACCUGCGCAUCCAAAUAUUUUCACGGCCUCUUACUCUCUAGGCCGGGAUGAAGGGUCAUUGAGCAAUUGGCAGUGACCGUCACCGAUAUUUGAACAAUCGUUUAUAGGACAAUCAAAACAAUUGAAGAGGGGAAAAAAUUAUUUUUUUAUUUAUCCAAUUUUUUGACUUUUUUACUUAAUUUUAAAAAAAAAAGGGAAAAAAGUAAGAAAAAUUUUUUUAAUGCUUCCCUUCCUCAAUUACCUCAUAAACUCCCCCCUACUCUCCCCAAAUCGCCUAUUAUUCCUAUUUAUUAUUCAACGGGUAUUGGCUCAACAACAACAAUUUUCUUUGUAUUCCCGGCAUGAUAUUGUUGAUAAAACGGUUAAGGCAGCAGAAACUUUCCUUUCAGCCCAGGAUUUGGAAAACAUGCCGGAAAGGGAAGUGGACUUGAGAGAACUGGGGAUAAGGGUGGAGACGGGUAGGUAG